AUGGAAGAAACUGAAGCUUUGAUAAAAUCAUCUGAGCCUUAGCAUACCAAAAACGUAAUUUAGGCACUCUUGAAUGAAUAUCAAAUUAUGUACGCUGGUCUAUAAAAUCAAGAAUACUUGGAUUAUUGCUUCGUUAAAGGAGCAUCUGGACAAACAGUCCCAUUAGCCCUGUUAUUACCAGUAGGGUUGUUCUUGGGAGUAGUAAAUAUAUUGUCAAAAGCCACAACCAAUAUUAUCGAAGGUGAUUAUAUCUUGUCAAAUUUGGUUUAUGUGAUUCUCUAAGUCUGUGGACUCUGCAUAGUUCUAUAUUUAUUACUUAAAGCAUGUGAGGUGAUACCGAAGAAAAUUCAAAAUCCACUUCUUUUUGGGAGAGUAACAACUUACGUUUUUAUGUGUUUACUCAUCGCCAUGGGAAUUUUAGUUGUUGAGAGGAUAGUUGAAGGACAAGCAAGAACUUAUCAUACAUCUCAAUUCUGGGUGGUUUUCGCUUUGAUAAUCUGGUAAAAGAUAUUGGUCUUAUUUAUAUAUGAUUAUAAAGUUAGAUUUGCAGCAUUUUUAUUUUUAUACACUUAUUAUGCCUUUAGAGUUUCAGGUGAAGAAUUUAGAUGGGCUUACAACCUCUUAAAAGCAUCAGUAUACAUUAUCCUGGAGUUGGUAAUGGUAAUAGACAGAGAAUUGAAGGAUUAUGCUGACUAUUAAUUGGAGAAUAAUAUACAAACCAAAUAAGUACUAGAUGAAGUAGUUCCUCCCAUGAGGAUGUUUUAACAAUAAUUCCUCCUUGAAUCUUAUCUAAAAGUGUUUCCCGUUGUAAUUUUUGAUCAAACAAAAGAAUUACUUAAUAUUUCAUCUGAAACUUUAAAAUUGUUAGGCCAAAAUGAUUUGUUUUAGGCUGAAAAACAAUUAAGAAAAUUGGAGAUAAUAGAAGUUUUUAAUCGAAAAGAAUAAGUGUCAGCCAAAGAAUUUACUGUUAAAUUGACUAGAUAAGCUAAAUUUGGAUCUACUUGCGGAGUAAACGAAAAAGGGGAUUUAUUGCAUUCAUUGAUUAAUGGACCAGCCUUAUAGCAAUUAAGAGCAUAGUAAUAAACUGACUAGCCAAGAUUGCAAACUCAGGGGUAAUUAGAAUAGCUACUCAAUGAAUUAAUCAAAGGAGAUCAAGACUAUUUAAAGGGACUGCUAGUAUUGAAAUUAAGUAAGGAAAAGUAGUUCUACUUCUCAUUUCAUUUGAUUAGAAACAAAAAAAUUUAUCUAUUCUUAGAUGAUGUUUCUGAUAUUAUGAAAUUGCAAAUGAAAAAUAAGGACGAAAAUUACGAGACCAAAGAAAUUAAAGAUAUUAAUAUCUUAUUGUCCUAGAUUCGAUAGAUUUCUACACUGAAAAGCUAUCCUAUUCCUACUAAGAUACAAAAUAUUGAGAUAAAAUCUUGUUAUUUGGAAUAGAAUUAAUUGAGAAUUAAUUAUGAUAAAAUUAAUUUUGAUCAAAUGGUCAUAAAUUUACAAGAGUAUUAUAAACAAAGAAUUCCCUCGAUUAAAUAUCAAUUCAAAAAUCUAAUUAAAUUGAAUACUAGCUUCUUUACAGAUGAAGAAAGACUUCGAUAGAUUAUUGAUAUAAUUAUGGAGAAUAGUAUUGAGUAAACAAAGGAUGGAUUUAUUGGGAUAACUUUUGAAAACGAUGCAAGGCCCAAUUGUAUUCAAGUAUCCAUCCAAGAUACAGGAAUUGGGAUCAAUCUAGAGUUAAUGAAGGAUGAAAUGGGUUCCAAACUUUCUGGGCUCUUCAUUGCCAACUAUUUAACUAAAAUAUUGGGAGUCUCAUUUUUCAACAAAAAAAUUAAUGGACAAAUCGCAAAUAAAGGUUUGAGGAUUGUGACCACAUAGGAGUACGGGACUAAAAUUUCAUUUACACUUCGAAAUAUGUUAUUCGAUCAGAACAAUGUGUUCUUUCUAAUUGAUGAAAAUUUGGAAGAGGAUGAGUAGAAUCAAGAUGAAAUUCUAGAAAGAUACUUAAUUGAAGAUUAAACUCAAUAUUUAAAUAGAUUAAAGAAACCUAUUAAAUAUAUUGUGAUGAAGAAUGAAGAGAAAAAAGUUGUGUAACUCUUAGAUGACAGAUAAGUCAAAAGACCACAAUUAAAAGGCAUGAUGAAACUAUAGGAAUCAGGAAGAUUAAAGUCACUAACUACUCAAGUUGAAUAAUUAUAAAUUCCUUUAGAGAAAUGUAUCUGCGCAACUCCAUUAAUCAUAAAUAGUGAUCACUACUUUUCUUCUACAUUGAAAGACUUUAACUUCUAAAUUGCAAAUGAAUUCGAAGCUUUAAAAAUGAUUAAUAUAAAACUAAAAGAGAAUCCUUGUAUUUAGAAAGGAUGCCUUGCUUAUAAUAAAAUUUUCAUAAAUUGUUCGAAUCCAAAAGUGAAUUAUGAUGAUUUGGUAAAGAAAUUACUACUAUUAAACAAACAAUUAAAUAUCAUAGUCCUUUCAUAUCUUCCAUGGGGAGAAUUGUAACCUAACAUCGCUUAUUAUCAAAUGCCAACUAAACUAGAUACCAUAUUUAAGUGAUUUAAAUAAAUUUCACUAAUACCAUUAUAAACUUCCUUUA